GUACCCACCUUCUGUUUUGCUCUUGUCCCUUCAGUGUCACAUGGUGCCCAGGGUCUUUAUGCCCGCAAACUUUUGAAUGACCUGAUGAAGGACUACUCCAACGCUCUGAGACCUGUAGAGGACACAGACGAAGCCCUCAAUGUCUCCUUGCAGAUCACACUGUCACAGAUUAAAGAUAUGGAUGAGAGGAACCAGGUGCUAACCACAUAUCUGUGGAUUAGGCAAGUCUGGCAUGAUGCCUAUCUGAAAUGGGACAAAGUGGACUAUGAUGACAUAGAGAUGAUCAACAUACCUAGUGAACUGGUUUGGAAGCCGGACAUUGUCCUCUACAACAAAGCAGAUGAGGAGUCAUCAGGUCCUUCCACCACUAAUGUGAAGCUGCGUUAUAAUGGAGAGAUUGUCUGGGACUCCCCAGCCAUCACAAAGAGCACAUGUGUGGUAGACGUCUCUUACUUUCCUUUCGACUGGCAAAAAUGCAACCUUACCUUUGGCUCCUGGACUUACAAUGGCAACCAGGUGGACAUCACUUUGGGUAUGAACAGUGGUGACCUGUCUGACUUUGUGGAGAAUGUGGAAUGGGAGUGCCACGGCAUGCCUGCAUUUAGAAUCGUCAAGAUGUAUGGCUGCUGCUCUGACCCUUACACUGAAGUCACCUACACUUUGCACCUGAAGCGCCGCUCCUCUUUUUACAUCUUCAACCUAUUCCUGCCAUGCUUCCUCAUCUCGUUUCUAGCCCCGCUGGGUUUCUACCUGCCAGCCGACUCCGGGGAGAAGGUUUCCCUCGGGGUCACGGUGCUGUUGGCACUCACUGUUUUCCAGCUGUUGGUGGCUGAGAGCAUGCCUCCUGCAGAAAACAUGCCCUACAUAGGAAAGUACUACAUCGCCACCAUGACUAUGGUCACAGCCUCCACCUCUCUCACCAUUUUCAUCAUGAACAUUCACUUUUGUGGUGCUGAGGCCAAGCCAGUCCCUCACUGGGCUAAGGUGCUUAUUAUUGACUACAUGUCCAAAAUCUUCUUUGUCUAUGAGGUGGGGGAAAGCUGCACCACACCGAAGAGUGAGAAGACCCCGCUGUACCCUGAGGAACCCAUUCGGACCCAACAUUGCAAUAAAGGCUGCUACUAUGAUGACUGUUUUCACAGUGGCGUAUGCCAUCACAACAGUGACCCUCACAAGUACAGUGAUGGUCACAGCGUGCACCAUAACAAGCAUCACAAAAGCCAGGUGAAUCGCAAUGCCAGCAGCAGGAAGCCUCACUAUAACAACCAUACUUCCAGACUAGAGAGGGGUGAAGAAAAACGAGAGCGCACACAGCAUUUUCACCACAUCAGGCGGGAUGAAAUAGACUACCAGGCGCCUCCUCAUCCACAGAACCUCCAGCACCUGAAUGGGGCCUUGAAGGAGCCACUUCAUUACCCCUCAGAGAAAUAUCAAAUCCCAGCCUGCCCCUGCUGCUGUCCCUGCCUCCAACAUAAGCAGGUGGUGAAGAACAUCCAGUACAUAGCCAACUGCUUCCAUGAGCAAAGAGCUACCUGUGUUAAGGCAGCAGAGUGGAAGAAGGUUGCCAAGGUGCUGGAUAGGUUUUUUAUGUGGAUCUUCUUUGUCAUGGUUUUCCUGAUGAGCAUCCUCAUCAUUGCCAAGGCAACCUGA